CCGCUGCGCUCCGGGCCUCCACAGCGCCGCGUAGGGUGAGCGGCGGCCCCAGGCGGGAGGCGAGUCCCUGCCUCCAGACGAUCUGUCUGGAUCCAGCCCCGGCAGGUUCCGGGCCGUUGCAGCUGCCUACAGCUGUCAGGAGCCGGCUCCAAAUCACAUGUCUAUUAAGAAAUUGCUGUAUAGAGAGCUGCCUCAGCUUUUUGAUAAGCAGACAUGGCUGUCACGCUGCAUACCGAUGUAGGAGAUAUUAAAAUUGAACUAUUCUGUGAGCGUACUCCAAAGACUUGUGAAAAUUUCCUGGCUCUUUGUGCUAGUAACUACUACAAUGGAUGCGUAUUUCACCGAAAUAUAAAGGGCUUCAUGGUUCAGACAGGGGAUCCAUUAGGCACUGGGAAAGGAGGUAACAGUAUCUGGGGCAAGAAGUUUGAAGAUGAGUUCAGUGAAUACCUUAAGCACAGUGUCCGUGGGGUAGUUUCAAUGGCAAACAACGGCCCGAACACCAAUGGAUCGCAGUUCUUCAUCACUUACGGCAAACAACCGCACCUGGACAUGAAGUACACUGUGUUUGGAAAAGUUAUUGAUGGCUUGGAGACCCUGGAUGAGCUGGAGAAGCUGCCCGUGAAUGAGAAAACCUACCGACCUCUUAAUGAUGUUCGCAUUAAAGAUAUUACAAUCCAUGCCAACCCCUUUGCUCUGUAGCCACAGAGGCCUCAACACAUUCUUUAGAGACUGGUCAGAUCAACUCCCAGAACACGGGGUUUAAGGAGCCAUUAAAAAGGGUUACUUGAGCUGGAUCAAGUAAGUUCGCUCACAGAAUGCAUAAUUUUCAGGAGCUGUGACAUUGGUUUGGAGUUGUCAGAGAGUAACCUUGUGCUUCAGAAGGAGGGUUUUCCAGAGUAUCAUCCAGGAUUUUGAUUUUUAAGCAUUGCUUUUUAUACUUGUAAAA